GCACAAACAAUCCUAGUCCCCCCCCCCCCCUACAUUUCCUUCAAAAUUCACAAGGGAUCAGUUUGAAAAUUCACUGACAAUUUAUGGAGGCAGCGAUUAUUCUUAGAAAGCUCAAAAACAUUCCUUGAAAGAGAGACAUUCCUUGAAAGAGAGCUUUUCGUUUGGAGAAUGGGAGAGAUUGGGGCAGCUGAUGCGGAUGGGCCAAUGCACGGGCUGAGUGGUGGUGGUGAGGAGAAAAUUUUUGUUUCAGUUCGGCUGCGGCCUAUGAAUAAGAAGGAAAUCGCAAGGAAUGAUGUAUCAGAUUGGGAAUCCAUCAAUGAUGACACUGUCAUAUACAGGAAUAACCUUCCAGUGUCUGAGCGGUCCAUGUACCCGACAGCUUAUACAUUUGAUAGAGUAUUUGGGUCUGAUUGCUCCACUAAGCAAGUGUAUGGAGAAGGAGCCAAGGAAGUUGCUCUUUCAGUCGUCAGUGGUAUAAACUCAAGUGUAUUUGCAUAUGGGCAAACGAGUAGUGGAAAAACGUACACUAUGAGUGGAAUUACUGAGUACACGAUAGCAGAUAUAUAUGACUAUGUGGAGAAGCACAAGGAAAGAGAGUUUAGUUUGAAAUUCUCUGCCAUGGAGAUUUACAACGAAUGCGUCAGAGACCUACUGAGUACAGAUGCCACUCCUCUCCGACUUCUAGAUGAUCCAGAGAGAGGCACUGUUGUGGAGAGGCUCACGGAGGAAUCUAUAAGGGACUGGAAUCAUUUUAAAGAACUUCUAUCUGUAUGUGAAGCUCAGAGACAAAUAGGGGACACCUCCCUUAAUGAAGCAAGCUCUAGAUCUCAUCAGAUUCUGAGACUGACAGUUGAAAGUUCCACACAGGAGUUUUUAGGCCAUUACAAGUCCAGCGCUCUUGCUGCCACUGUGAACUUUGUUGAUCUAGCAGGAAGUGAGCGUGCUUCUCAGUCAUUAUCAGCUGGCAUGAGGUUGAAAGAAGGGUGCCACAUAAAUCGUAGUCUACUGACGUUGGGAACUGUUAUCCGUAAGCUAAGCAAAGGAAAAAAUGGACAUGUUCCUUUCAGAGAUUCAAAGCUGACUCGAAUAUUGCAGUCCUCUUUAGGAGGCAAUGCUAGGACUGCCAUCAUAUGUACCAUGAGCCCUGCACGAAGCCAUGUUGAACAAUCUAGAAACACACUGCUGUUUGCAAGUUGUGCUAAAGAAGUGACAACCGAUGCGCAGGUCAAUGUAGUUGUCUCUGAUAAAACACUAGUGAAGCAACUGCAAAGAGAACUGGCUAGAUUGGAGAAUGAGGUGAAAAAUAGACGACCAGAUUCUGUCACAUCAGAUUCCACUAUAGUACUGAAAGAGAAGGACCUUCAGAUUGAAAAGCUAAUGAAUGAGGUUGCAGAGCUGACUCGGCGACUUGAUCUUGCUCAGUCACAGAUUGAGAAUCUACAGCAAGUGUCUGAAGGCAGCAGAUCUUCAACAGUAUGGGCAGAUCCAGAUCAUCACCACCCUAAAUUGCGAGUGCGAAAUUCAUUCAGAUCUGACAAUUCAGUAUCAUAUUCACUGAUUUCGGAAGAUCCUCCCUCCCUGGAUCUCGGUGCCAGGUCUUUUGAUGCAUCUCAAUGUUCAGAUGUGCGAAGUAGCCGAAGUUCUGGAGCAAACUUCAUCCAAUUCCCAGUUUUUGAAGAGAAUUUCCUUCCAGAAAGUUUCUCUACACACCACUCAACUAGCACCACUAAUUUUGUAGGAAAUGAUCUGCAUGAGAAAAAUGAUGCUGACGGACAAACUAAUCAAAAUUUUGAUGAUAAUUGGAAGGAAGUUCAAUGCAUUGAAGUGGAGGAGCCGAGCGUAAGCCAGUAUUCAAAUUCAAACACAUCAGAGUCUAGGCCAUACAGAUUUGACGAGUCUAAUAUGCCUUCUCCGGAUAUAAAAACAGAUACCUUGGGUUUGACAAAGGUCGGGAAUGAAGAAAGAACAAAUCAAGAAGUAAAGUCACCCCCGUUGAAAGAACAGAAAGAGUUGAAUGGUUUGCAAUCCACUUUUAUUAUACCAUCUCCUGAAAAGCUUUCUCCAUGGCUGCUGGAAGCAAGCCUUUCUGAAUCAAGAAGCUUUUUGAUCAGGAGUAGAAGUUGUAGAGCAACGCUUAUGGAUAAUUCACCGGGUUUCUGUUUCAAGAAGGUAGAAGCGUAUGAGAGCACACCACUGUUUGGGUUUGAGAAAGACUUUCCCGGAAGACCUGAGGGUUUUCAAAGGAAACUUCCUGCACUGAAGUAUGAUCCUGACAUUGAAAGGUUAUCAAGAAAUGUCUCUCGGAAUUCUAUUUGUAGUUCUGCUGUUAAUGAGCUCAAAGAGGAAAGUGUUGAAACUUCAACUGAUUGGAGGACUGCCAGUGUUGGUAACUCAGAUAUGGGUCUGAUGUACAUGGCUGAUUAUUUGGAACAAGAAACAACCGCGGAGGAUGCAGAGAAUAUAGGAGAUGAUGGCUUGGAUGCAACACAACAUAAUAUGUCUGCAAAGAAGGUAAAAGAUGUUGGCUUGGAUUCAAUUUGUUAUAAUGUGUCAGCAAAGAGUGUGAAAGAUGUUGGCUUGGAUCCAAUUCAAGACGGUGCGUCAGCAAAGAAUGUAAAAGAUGUUGGCUUGGAUCCCAUCCAAGAUGACGCAGAAAGUGCUUCAAAAUGGCCAUUAGAAUUCAAGAAUAUGCAAAGCAAGAUUAUCGAACUUUGGCAUGCAUGCAGUGUCUCACUGGUCCACAGGACCCACUUCCUCCUGCUAUUUAAGGGUGAUCCUGCAGAUUCUUUUUACCUGGAGGUAGAGAUCAGGAGAAUGUCCCUUCUAAAGGAAACAUUAUCAAGGGGUAGCAGAACUAUUGUUCACGGACAAGUUCUAACAUCUACCUCAAGCAAGAAGGCUUUGAGUCAUGAGAGGCAGAUGCUGGCAAGGGAAAUGCAGAAGAGGCUCACUAGAGAAGAAAGAGAGAAUCUUUUCCUAAAAUGGGGUGUUCCAUUUAGCGGAAACAAUAGAAGGUUGCAGCUGGUACAUCGCUUAUGGACCAAGACAACAGAUAUGGACCACAUCACAGAAAGUGCCGCUCUUGUAGCAAAGCUAGUUGGUUUUAUAGAGCAAGAGCAGGCUUUGAAGGAGAUGUUUGGGCUGCUCAAUUUUACACCAACAUAUCCAAGCAGGAGGAAAUCUUCUAUUUGGAAGCGCAGCGUAUUAUCCUUGCUGUAAGCAUGUUAUAGUGGACCUUAAAGUAAAAAUUUGUGGCUAAUAGACGAUUUCCACAGUUCUAUUACACAUAGAUAGCUUUCUGAGUGCAAGUUUCCCUCCUUUGUAGUCUUGAAAUCUAACUGCAUUGGUUGUGAGAAAGCUUGUAAAAAUCUGAUGUAAAAUUGUAAUGCUGAUGCUUCCCUUUUAUCUGUUCUUCUUCUCAUCUUUUCGGGGAUAAACUGGACCUCUUAUAGAAUAAAUGGUAGCUUCUUGGGUCGCAUAA